ACAUAGUCAUCUAAGAAGCAAGAACAUGGAAGACUCCAAAAGUGAUUUUAGUUGCCACUCCUCAAAGACCAUCCCAGCUGAGGAUAAAGACCCACCAGAUUCAACACACUUUCAAUGUAUCCAGAAUGAAGAAGCCAAAGAUGAUCAUAUUGGUUUUGAAGAUGUUAUAAGGAAAGAUGGCAAAAUUCCACUUGCUGCUGGAGAACAAAUUCAUCACAUCCAAGAUGGUCUCAAAUGCCCAAUAAUGAUGGAGAGUGACAGAGACAGUACAGCUGCUCUCUUACCAUCUGGUUGCUCUCAAAGUCACCCUUAUGCUAGUAGAGUCUCCAUCAAAGAAAGCAAGCAUUUUGAAGAGCAGGAUCUUCACAUGGAGCAUGGAUCACUUGACUCUUUGACUUUGAAACCUACUCAAAAAAUCUCUGGUGAUAAGUGUUCUACUUCUCUUGAGAUUCUUAAGUCAAGUAUAGUUGUAGACAGUGCCACCACUAAAAUUUGGCAUCUGGGUAAUGGAGCUAGACAGUGUCUUCUAAAAGAAGGGCAACAAGCACAAUUUAAUUUAUUGCCUGCAGUUAAUAUAGUCAAGAACAUUGAGGAGAAAAAGGAAGACUGUCACCAGCCUCAUGAAUCAGUCUUAGACAUUUUGGCUUGUGAAUUGCCAGUUGAAAAUCUAAGAAAUCAGUACACAUCAAGGCAGGAAGGAGAAGGUCAUGCCAAUGAAUGUGGCAUCGUAUCAAGUUCUGAUCUUAUGGAACACAAGCACCGAAAUCCUUUCAAGUCAAUAAUGUAUGUUGAAGCAGAGAAAGAAGUUCAGUCAGAUAACUGUUUUAAUGUUCAUUGUAUCUGUGAUCCACCUACUGAAGGUGGGGAUUUUUCAGGCCACCAUGUUUAUACCUCACAGUCGGAGACCAGAGGCCAAGGAAAAUGUAACACCUCAUUUGAAUUAUGGCAAAAGAGUGAUGAAAAAUCUGUAUCUCAGCAUCUGAAUGAUGGAGCUCAAGAAGAAGAGCUUUCUAAGAUGAAGUCCAUGGAUGCUCAGUGUCUUAGUCUGGUUGUCGAAACUGGAGGUGCUUGUUCAUAUGUUGAACUUAAAAAAGUAAUCAUGGGACAGCCAGCAGAAGAGUCUAUAGGAGUGAUCCUGAAGGGAACAAAAGAAUUAGCCAUAGAGGAGUAUGAAAUGACAACCGUGGAGGUGUCAAAACAGAUGACUUUGGAGAAGACAAAAUGGCUGACUGCGGAGGAAUUGAAAGAAACAGUGUUAGAGGAGUCCAAAGACACAACUGUGAAAGGGUCAAAAGAAGAGACUAUAGAGGAAUCAAAAGAAACAGCCGUCGUAGCUUGUGAAGAGACAACCGUGGAGGUGUCAAAAGAGGUGACUUUGGACUGGUCAGAAGAGCCAAAUGUAGAGAAAUCAAAAGAAACGGCCUUUGUGGGUAUUACAGAGACAACCGUGGAGGUGUCAAAAGAGGUGACAUUGGUCUGGUCAAAAGAGGCAACUGCAGGGGAAUCAAAAGAAACAGCCUUUAUGGGUUCCGAAGAGACAACCGUGGAGGUGUCAAAAGAGGUGACUUUGGAAUGGUCAAAACAGGCAACUGCAAAGGAAGCAAAUGAAACAGUCUUUGAUGGUUCAGAAGAGACAACCGUGGAGGUGUCAAAGGAAGUGACCAUGGAGGGUGAGGAAGAGGCAGUAGCUUCAGAGUCAGUGAACCAGAAUGCCGAACCAUUUUCAUUUUCAUAUAGCUAUCUUGAGAAAGCAGAUUGGCCUACCAAACGUGGAGUUUGGGGAACCCGAAGUGUCUGCACAGAGUCUUUUAUCAAACAUUCAGUGGAAGAAGAAUAUGGGCGGCUUACUAGAGAACAAGGGCAUCAUUUCCUGGAUCAGCUAAGAAAAAUAUACCUACGAAAUUCAUCCAGUUUCUACCUGCUUGAUUCUGGACUUCUUGUUUCUCAGGCUGAGAUGGAAAAUUUCAAUGACAAAGUCCUUGUAAAGAUGCAAGAUGAUGUGAAAUUGGUGCUUACUCCAACUUUGUGUGGGGACUAUCGAUAUCAACUCUACAUUGUCAAACACCUCUAUGACAGCUGGUACAGAGGCAUUGAUAAGGUGACAAAGGAGACCAUUUUAAUGAAGAGAGUGUCAGUGAUAUCUGAAUGGAGGAAGCCCUUGAAGAACUUUCUCUUUCUACAACGUAAUCCCAUGACCCUGCUGCCAUAUGGAGUUUUAUAUGACAGAAGUGGAUUUAUUUACUACCAGAUGCAGGAUCAGGAGAUUAGAGGCUUUGAAACACGUUUUGACCACAUAGUUUUGAAACGAGAAGACAUCAUUAGGAAGUUCCUCCAGUUUCUUAAGUUCUGCAAAUUAAAUCACCUCCAGCCACAUGAUUUCAGUACCUGUAUGCUUCACACACCCCAGGACAUUUAUUUUGACCCCACAAGUCUUGGAACUCUGGAGGAUCUUGGCUCUUUUAAGAAGGCUCUGAAAGCUGCAAUCAAACAAGCUCUGCAGGAGGAGUCAGGGGUGGCGAAGCAGGUCUUUGACUGGCUGUGGUACCACUUGGAAGAUGAUAGAAACUGGCUUGAGGGAGUGGGAUCAAGAGAGUGAUGCCCAAAGUAUCUGCAGUGAGAAAAUACAAAGCACUUUUAACCUAAAAAACAGCCUUAUGGGCUUCCAGCUCUUUUUAAAUAUUUAAUGUAGUACUAGGGUGUUGUACCGUGCUAGCUAUUAUGAAUGUAGUGAAAAGUCAAGCAAAAUGACACCUUUUAUUGGCUAACUAAAAAGAUUAAGAUAUGUAAUCAACUAUUUAUCAAC